AUGGUCGACUCCGCCGACGAGCCUCCGUUGUCAGGACAUCCACAUCCAUGGGCUAAGAACGCAGUUUCGCCAUCCCUAGCGCCCACCCCUCGUCCAAAGCCGCAGGUCACUGUACACCCUACAUCCUCGCACACCUCUCAGGAAACCUCCCAAAAUGCUGUCGAUGGCGCUCGCGGCCAUGCAGCCAACCUCAAGACCACAGAAGACGGUAUUGCAGUCCUGCAGAAUGCCGCACGACAACCCAGCCCUGUGGUCGAGAAAGGAGAUGGAACGCAACCUUCCUCCCUAGGGCCAUCGACUCCCAAGGCGACCAAAGAUCCCUUGGGUCAAAGAUUUAUUCGAGAUGUCAAACUCAUCAUUGGAUCCAGUUGGAUCAAUUGGCUCCUCCUUGUCGUGCCGGUCGCCAUCAUUCUUGGUGCGCUGGUCGACUGGGGUCACAUGCAAGUCAUCGACCAGAGCGUCGUCUUUGCCAUCAACGCCGUUGCCAUCGUCCCAUUGGCUUCACUGCUAGCUUUUGCUACAGAAAGCGUCGCCUCCCGGAUGGGCGAUACGCUCGGUGCGUUGAUGAACGUCACCUUCGGCAAUGCCGUUGAACUCAUCAUCUUCAUCAUUGCUCUCGCAGAUGGUCAGGUCAGAGUUGUGCAGGCUGCUGCUGUGGGAUCCAUCCUCAGCAAUCUCCUUAUCAUCCUGGGCAUGAGUUUCCUGCUCGGCGGUCUCCGCUUUCGAGAACAACUGUACAACUCGACGGUCAGUCAAAUGAGUGCUUGCCUCUUGAUGCUGAGCGUCAUCAGUCUAUUGCUUCCGACAGCAUUCCAUGCAUCCUUCGACGACCCAGAAAAUGGCAAUCGCAUGGUGCUGCAAGUGUCUCGUGGUACGAGCAUAGUGCUUCUAUUGGUGUAUGCCCUGUAUCUGGUCUUCAGUCUGAAGUCGCACAGCUUCAUGUAUGCUUCCACACCACAGCACAUCAUCGACGAGGAAGCCCACCCAGGAGUACUCACUCAGAUGCUCAACUCUUCGGAUAGUUCUAGCUCAAGCUCAAGCGACACUGAUUCAGACUCAUCCCGAAGCUCAUACAAUACCGCCAGACGUAUCAAGAGGGCUUUCCGCCGGAGAAGACGCACUUCCAGUCCAAGCUCGAAAGCUCAGAGCACGCACGAGAAAAUCCCCAAGACGCGACGCACACCGACUGAUGCUACUUCAGCUACAUUUGCGUCGCUGUCAAAUUCUCAGACGAACAGGUUGUCUCGUGGCAGCUUGACUGAUGAGUUCGUCCUUAGUGGAGACGAAGCGGAUGUCGACGCUGAGCCGCGUAUUGGCCGCCGUCGAUCCACUAGGCACACAAUCGCUCGUGACUUCGAAUCUGCUACUGGUGACAUCGAGAACGAGAAGCCCACCAAGCGUUCAAGACGGCGUCGCAAGCAUCACAAACGCAACAAGCGUGGACCCGGGGAAGAUCUCGAUGACGAGAAAGCUCCAGCUCAAGAUCACGUCCAGGAGCCCGCCAAUAACUCUCUUCGUGUUCCAGCUGUCCAGCUCGCCGUACCCGAAAUCAACGAUGCGUCCCACGAGAAGCGACCUUUCAACUUUCGCAAUUUCUCUACCACUGUUGGACCAGCAUUCCCGCAUCACGAGGCAGUGGCGCGUCCGUUGGCUAUACCAGUCGUGCGACCAAUGUCAGCAUCCAGGUCUCCAUCUCGGCGUCGUCUGCAACGUUCAUCGUCCAUGCCGGAUAUGAUUCAUCCCACCAUGUCCAAUGAUCGUGCUAUUCUUGACACUCCUCACACGAACAGACCGCAGACCGGAAGUGCACAGCAACAUGUUGAGGUCGUCGAAGACGAGCCGUUGGAAGGGAAACGCCAUCUCUCCAAGACCUCGUCAGUCGUCCUACUACUUGUUACCACUGGAUUCGUCGCCAUUUGUGCAGAGUUCCUGGUUGGUAGCAUCGACCACAUUGUCUCCGGCAACAACAUCAGUCAAGCUUUCCUCGGUCUCAUCAUUCUGCCCCUCGUCGGCAAUGCGGCUGAGCAUGUUACUGCCGUGACGGUCGCGGUCAAGAACAAGAUGGAUCUGGCCAUCCAAAUUGCCCUCGGAAGCUCUAUCCAGGUUGCGAUCUUGAUCACCCCUUUCAUGGUAGUGCUUGGCUGGAUCAUUCAUCAGGACAUGUCACUGUACUUCAGUCUGUUCGAGACUGUUGCUCUCUUCGCCAGUGCCAUGAUUGUUGGCUUCCUUUUGAUUGAUGGCCGCAGCAACUAUCUGGAGGGUGCCUUGCUCGUCGCAGCCUACAUCAUCAUCGCCUUGGCAGCGUUCUACUACCCGAACUGCGGGCUGAGCACUGUCACUGGAAUCGUGGAUGGUUCGGAGAAGACUUGCUCGUCUGCAUAG